AAAGUUUGACGUUAUGCAUGAUGUGCGAAAAGACAGACGGGCAAAACAGACUCCACAUUAUCAAUCAAGUACAGAGAAUGAAAAUUCAAACGUAGAAGAUUUGAAUGAUUCAAAUCUAAAGACAAAAGAGCAGAUUAUUGUGGUAGGUGGAGUAACUGAAAAUGAUGAAGAUGAUAAACACUUUGGAAAAUCAGUAUACUUGUUUGAUCCUUCUGCAAAUAAUUGGACGACAUUAUCCCACACCAAAAAGCCUAUUUAUAACCACUGCUUAGUUUAUUUGGACGGAGGUGUUUUUGUAAUUGGAGGUUGCAACCCGCUAAAAGACAAAGGAAGCAUGGUAGCCCAAAGAAAAUGUUACAGGCUUGAUUUAUCUAACAAGCAAUGGACUAAGAUACCUAAUAUGCAUGAAGCUCGCAUGUACCACAGCGCAGCAUCACUUGGUGGUAAAAUCUACGCAGUUGGUGGAAAAAAUGAAAAUCACGAAGUGCUGUCUUCAAUUGAAGUAUAUGACCCGAAUUCCAAUGCCUGGGAAUUGCAGAUUGAAUCUCUAGACAAAGGUGUGCUUGGAAUGGCAUUAUGCAGCCACAAUGGAGAACUAUGGAUGAUUGGAGGAAUGGUGCCGGGGAAUGACGGCGAACUAAAAACGAGCCGAAAAGUAAAGUGUUACGAUCCACAAAAAAAAGAAUGGCACUCAAAUGUUCGACGUUUACCUCACUCACGGGCACGGGUAUUUUCUGCAGCUGUUGAAUAUGAAGGGAUGAUUUGUGUAAUUGGAGGCGCAAUUGAAGAUGAAAAAGACGCUGGUAAGGAGAAAAGUAUUGAAGAUGUCCUGUAUUAUGAUGAAAGUACAGAAAAAUGGAAGGAAUUAACUUUUUUGCCCUGGCCUCGACAUUUUAUGUCUGCUAUGACAAUUGGAAAUUCGUUGUUCGUGAUUGGUGGACUGAGUUCUGAAGGAAAGAUUUUAUACGAUGACAUCUUGAUAUAUGAAAAUCGCACUUGGAGUGUUUUCUCAGUUUUACCCAGGCCUUUAUGUGGAUUUGCAGCUGUAACAGUACCAAUGAUUUCGUCAGAAUAGAUGCCAGAUACUGCAAAUAAACAGCAUUAUAUUUGUA